AACAAGUUUAACUUCAAUAAAAAGCUCAUUAUGAACAAGUUAAUGAUAUUGACUGUAUUAUUUGUUGGAGCUGUCCUUAUUGUGGACGUUGUUAACUCGCAACUGCCACCACCAACAGAUCAAAGAUCACCAACAAAACAACUUGUUGGUAAUCAUGCUGGUUUCUCAUCACUCGCCGGUUCUCAAAAUGCCGGAUUUAGAGCUUUGAAUCAUGCAAAUGCAAAGGAAGAAAAAGAUGAAGAAGAAGGCAGCGAAAUUUCUAAGAUUGCAAAAAAAAUGAAGAAGGGAAUUAAGGAUCGUAGACGAGGAAACAAAAAAGAUGAUGAAGGAAAGGACAAAGAGGAAUCUAGUUAAAAAAUGAGUUUUAACAACUUUUUGUACACGAAUUAUGUAAAUAUAUUA